CACCGAAAAGAAAAAGUGCAUAAAUCCCCAAAGCCACGCCAAAAUUCAUUCUCUUUCUUCAAAAUUCACAAACACCUUUCCCUUCAUUGAUCGCGUUAUUCCUCGCAAAUUCAAAGGAGGAUCUCUCUUGCGUUUUCUCUAGGUUUCCGCCAUGGCUUCAAAGCGGAUCUUGAAAGAACUCAAGGAUUUGCAGAAGGAUCCUCCAACUUCUUGCAGUGCUGGUCCUGUUGCCGAAGAUAUGUUUCAUUGGCAAGCAACAAUUAUGGGUCCUCCAGACAGUCCUUAUACUGGAGGUGUUUUCCUAGUUACCAUUCAUUUUCCUCCAGAUUAUCCCUUUAAGCCGCCUAAGGUUGCAUUCAGGACGAAGGUAUUUCACCCAAACAUUAAUAGCAAUGGAAGCAUUUGCCUUGAUAUAUUGAAGGAGCAGUGGAGCCCUGCUCUAACCAUUUCCAAGGUGUUGCUCUCUAUUUGUUCCUUGUUGACGGACCCAAAUCCCGAUGAUCCUUUGGUUCCUGAAAUUGCUCAUAUGUACAAGACAGAUAGGAACAAAUAUGAGUCAACUGCAAGAAGCUGGACCCAGAAAUAUGCCAUGGGCUAAUAUGGUAUGUGUGAGGGAGAGCCACUUUUAAGUGUCUUGGCCUAACAGCCUUUGUAUGAAAAAUUGUCGUCUUCAAUAGUUCAAUUAAGGCCCCUCUAGUUGAGAAUGAAUUGGGGGAGCCAUUUCUUAUGUUGUUGCAAAGCUACUUCUAGAACAAUGGAAUGUAACCUAAUUAAAAGUUUGUCCAAUGUGUUAACCAAUGUAUUAACAGUAUCAUGAUGCACCUAGAUAUUGUUUGGCUUGUUUACUAUUAGCUUA